AUGGUCUCUCUAUACCUAGAAAUCCGUUUAUUACCUAUCAUUUUCUACUCCUUCGUGUGGGCCCCACUUAUGUACGCCGCGCAAACGGUGCUCGGGAUUCAGGCCCACCCGAACCGCAAGCCGCGGCCUGGGAAGGACUCGACCCGAGAGCUAAACCUUCUUGUGGCCGGCCGGUUUUGUGACCUCAUGAAAACGGCUGGCGAUGAGUCGUGCUCGAUCUGCUUGACGGAAUUCCUGGGAGAGGAUAUGGCGAACAAGCUGCCCAGAUGCGGCCACGUUUUCCACGUGGCGUGUAUCGAGAGGUGGGUUGAGACGGGUAGGUUGACGUGCCCACUAUGCAGGUCGUCGUCCCUACCGCGCAUGCAGAAAUCGAGCUACUCUGCCUUCGUUAUAUAG